AUGACUGGAGCAAUGCUACGUUUAUCCCGUCAAGUGCCACACUACCCUCGGUUGUGGGUCUUGUCUCUAUGCCUUCUUAGUGGUGUUAUCAAACUUUUUCGUCGUUUUCCUGCCAUGUGCUCAUUAAUUCUCAAUCCAAUAUUCCUACCGGUCUCCUCAAUGAGAUCCCUAAUGCUUUGCCGCUGUUUUGCCGUUUCUUCGCUUUUGAAAGAAAUUUGUGAACAAGUCUCGCUGCUACGUCAUUCAAGUGCUGUCAAGCGCAAGUAA